UGAUUGGCCUGCCAUCCUGUCGCCCCUCGAAGCUGUCGGAACGCUACGGCAAGGCUGAGAAAUCCCCAGUGCUAAACUCGCCAACAUUUAUCACAAGUUUCUGACUUCAACUUCCACAACACACCUUUCGAUAUCGCGCAUCUCGCAUAGAACAUCACCUUUGUUAGAUCUUGCGCUUAUCGUCAUCAUGUCUCGCCAUCAUCCCGAUCUUGUUAUGUGUCGCAAGCAGGCUGGCAUCGCCAUCGGCCGUCUCUGCGACAAGUGCGAUGGAAAGUGCCCAGUCUGCGAUUCCUACGUUCGACCUACGACCCUUGUGCGAAUUUGCGACGAGUGCAGCUUCGGAAACUACCAGAACAAGUGUGUUGUAUGCGGCGGUGAGGGUAUCUCAGACGCCUUCUACUGUUUCGAAUGCACGCGUCUUGAAAAGGAUCGCGAUGGAUGCCCCAAGAUUAUAAACCUGGGAAGUUCAAGAACAGAUGUAAGUAACUCAAAUUCUUUUCCUGCCAACAAGAUGCUGACUUUCGUCCCUCCAGUUAUUCUACCAAAAGAAAACGAAUCGGACAACGCAAUAUUAGCAGAGCUGAGGCCUGGGCUGGGCCGUGGAUUGAGGUGUUUCGUGCUUGGAAGUACAUCUUCAAAUCUGGCAUCAUGGGUGUUUUGGGCGCAAAUUAGGUUGUGA